AAAUGUAGUAACCUAAAUAAAAAAUUCAGCUGAACAAAUUAAUUUAUAAUCCAUUAUUUUUUGCUUAGACUAAUUCUACCAGUCAUUUUUAGUAUUAACAUCAAAUAAAAAACAGUUGUUAUAUUAAUUAGCUAUUUUAUUAAAAACAGAAAGAACAUUUUCAUCAUAUCUUGAUUAACAUCCCCUUUUUAAUUCAUUAUUAUCAGAAUUUAAUUAAUCAAUAUGUGUUAUGUGUCAGUGUUUUAUUUUUGUCGACAAAGGUCGGCGGUACAUCACCUCAAGUCAACAAGUUUUCUUAACUUUUUUCAGUUCUUACAGAUUACGGUAUCACGGUUCCUAUUUAUCACCUGUACCAACAAAAUCCAAUGGCGAAGUUACAGUGAAAAUCGAAAAAAGAUUUGGAGGAAAGAAGGACGCCAUCGACAGACUGAAAAUUAACGCGAACGAUUACACUUUUUCUUUUGAGACCGUUCCGAAAAUGAAAAAUGGUACAAGACUUUCCAGAGACAAGAUAGAUCGGAAGAACGUUAUCCGUUUAGUCGAAAUUACUUUUGGAACGAUUUUGUUUGCCAUGCAAAAUAUCGCACUUAAAACCCUUAGAUCCUAGAAUGUGCUUUAGUGCAUACAA